CUUGCUAUUCGUCCAAUUUUUUUUGUGCUAAAAGUAUGAUCAUAGUGUAUUCUCAAAUGUGGUUAUACGAUUGAUAUUUUUUGUUUGUCUGUCCGUAUAAUAACUGUUUGGAGCAAGAAAUGGGUUUAUAAUUGGUUUAAAUCAACGCUUCCAAUGGUUGUGAGAAGAAUGUAGCUGAACAACAAUAAUGUCGCAGCGGGACUUUUCUGAGGUGGAGCCCACAGGCUCAGCGUCUCUCGGAGCUGUGUCAAGAGCCCUGUUCGUGGAGAAAGUUCGUGCCUCAAACGCCGCCUGUCAGGCCGGGGACUUCGCCACAGCGGUUGCACUCUAUACCGACGCCCUCACCUUGGACCCUGCUAACCACAUUCUUUAUAGUAACAGAUCGGCAGCUCGACUAAAGCAAGGUCAGUUUGCGGCAGCUCUUCAAGACGCCACUAGAGCGAGGGAACUGUGUCCCAACUGGCCUAAAGCGUAUUAUCGACAAGGAGUAGCACUACAAUGCCUCGGACGACACGGGGAGGCCCUAGCCGCCUUCAGCUCCGGGCUGGGAGUAGAGCCGUCAUCAAGGCAGCUCCUAGCUGCCCUCGUAGAAGCCUCCUUAAAAUCCCCGUUGAGGACUACACUGGAACCCACAUUCAGGCAACUGGAGGCCAUGAAACUGGAUCAAUCGCCUUUUGUUUUGAUAUCGGUGGUUGGCCAGGAGCUGUUGGCUGCGGGCCAGUACCAAGCAGCGGUUACGGUUCUAGAAGCUGCUCUUAGGAUUGGUUCCUGCUCUCUUAAACUUCGAGGCUCAGUGUUCAGCGCUCUCUCAUCUGCUCACUGGGCUCUAAAUCAGCUAGAUGCAGCAAUAAACUACAUGCAGCAGGAUUUGGCUGUAGCCAAAUCUCUUGGAGAUACUGCGGGAGAAUGUCGAGCGCAUGGCAACCUGGGAGCUGCUUAUUUCAGCCAGGGAUCUUAUAAGGAUGCAUUGACUGCACAUCGAUACCAGUUGGUGCUGGCUAUGAAAUGCAAGGACACUCAAGCUGCAGCAGCAGCUUUAACCUCACUAGGACACGUUUACACAGCUAUAGGAGAUUAUCCCAACGCGUUAGCUAGUCACAAACAAUGUGUCCAGUUGGUGAAGCAAAUGGGAGAUCGGUUGCAGGAAGCAAGAGAAAUUGGAAAUGUCGGAGCUGUUUAUUUGGCUAUGGGAGAAUUCGACUCGGCUGUAGAUUGUCAUACACAACAUUUGAGACUAGCGAGAAGACUCGGUGAUCAGGUUGAAGAAGCAAGAGCGUAUUCCAACCUUGGAUCAUCAUACCACUAUAGAAGAAACUUCUCUCAAGCUAUCGCCUACCAUGAAAAUGUUUUGAGGAUAGCGCAAAAUUUAGGGGACAGAGCUAUUGAAGCCAGGGCAUAUGCUGGCCUAGGCCACGCAGCCAGAUGUGCUGGUGAUUAUGCUCAAGCAAAGAAAUGGCAUGAAAGACAAUUGGAUGUCGCUCUAGCUGCAAGAGAUAAGAUUGGCGAAGGCCGAGCGUGCUCAAACUUAGGUAUCGUCUACCAGUUAUUAGGAGAGCAUGAUGCAGCAUUAAAGCUACACCAAGCCCAUCUUUCUAUUGCAAGACAAUUACAAGAUAAAGCAGGAAUGGGUCGGGCCUACGGAAACAUUGGCAACGCGUAUUCAGCAGCUGGCUUUUACGAACAAGCUAUCAAAUAUCACAAGCAAGAGCUAACAAUAUCCAAAGAAGUCCACGAUAGAAGCUCUGAAGCUUCCACCCAUGGGAAUUUGGCUGUAGCAUAUCAGGCAUUAGGUGCUCACGAUAUGGCGCUUUUUCAUUAUAGAGCUCACUUAGGAAUUGCAAGAGAACUCAAAGACGCAGCAGGGGAAGCUUGCGCACUACUGAAUCUUGGAAACUGUCUAUCCUCCAGAGGCGAAUUUGCUCAAGCUGUCCCAUACUAUGAGCAACAUUUGAUGUUAUCUCAAGAAUUAGGUGACGUCACAGCUGAGGCCAAAGCAUGUCACUUCCUAGGAUACGCCCAUUAUUGCUUAGGAAACUAUAGAGAGGCUGUCAGGUAUUAUGACCAAGACCUUUCACUAGCCAAAGAUCUCCAAGAUAAAAUGAACAUGGGAAGAGCAUAUUGUAAUCUAGGCCUCGCACAUCUCGCUUUGGGAAACUUAGAAACGGCCUUGGAAUGCCAAAAAUACUUUCUAGCAAUUGCUCAUAUGACUCAGCAUUUGCAAGGGAAGUUCAGAGCUUUGGGAAACAUUGGUGAUGUUCUCAUAAAAAUGGGGGAUAUAGAGGAAGCUGUUAAAAUGUAUCAGAGACAACUUGGAUUCGCGAGACAGGCCCGAGAUAGAUCUUUAGAGGCAGCCGCUUGUGGUGCUUUAGGUUUAGCACGAAGAUUGCAAAGAAGACUUGAUGCCGCUUUGGGCCAUCAUACACAGGAGCUAACUCUGCGACAAGAGGCAGGCGAUUCUGCUGGUGAAGCCAGGGCUCACUCUCAUCUUGGAGCUGUCCAUAUGGCUUUGGGUCAUUACUCUCAUGCAGCUAGAUGCUACAGGGAACAAUUAGAAAGAGCUCAAGAGUUACAAGAUUGUGCAUUAGAAGCGCAAGCGUAUGGUAAUUUGGGUAUUGCUAAACUCAACAUGGGACAUUACGAAGAUGCUAUUGGAUAUUUGGAACAGCAACUGGCAAUAUUAGAAAGAGUGAGUACUCCAACUUGUCAACUAGACAAAGCCAGAGCUUUAGGGUCACUGGGAGACUGCUACGAUGCAUUAGGUGAUCCUGAUGAAGCAGCCAAAUAUCAUGAACAGCAUUUAGCUGCAGCACUGAAGCUGAACAAUGCAAGGGAGCAGGAGAGAGCCUACCGCGGACUGGGUCUUAGUCACAAAUCUGUAGGCAACCUUCAACAAGCCUUAGUCUGUCUUGAAAAACGACUCGUUGUGUCCCACGAAUUGGGUGCACCCGAAGCGAAAGCGCAAGCAUUCGGAGAAUUAGGCGCGUUACACAUCUCUCUUGGAAAUUUGGAACAGGCCGUUUCUUGUUUGGAACACCAGAAAAACAUCGCCAAGGAAUUAAACAAUCAAAUUAUGGAAUCAGAAGCGUACCAUUCUCUCGGCGUAGCUCAACACGCUUUAGGAGACUUUGCUGCCGCUGUUAGACAUCAUCGAGCUGAACUUGAGCUAGCACAUAGACUGGGACUGACACACUUACAGGCCAGAGCAUGCGGUGGUCUUGGAGCAGCUCACGCAUCGAUGGGUGCUCACGCUGAAGCCGCUCGCUGGCACGAAUCUAGGUUAAGACAUGCAACUGCGGCCGGUGACACUCGAGGUCGAGCUCAAGCCCUCGCCGAUUUAGGAAGAGCACACCUCGCUAUGGGUGCUUGUGGAAGUGCUGUAUCUUAUUUGAGACAAGCCUUGGCCGCUACGGAAGGAUUAGCUGAUGCGGAUGAAGAAGCACGAGUUCGUCAUCGUUUAGGCUUCGCAUUAUGGGCUUCAGGAGAAGUUGAAGAAGCCAAAGAUCAACUUCAGGCAGCACUGAAUGUCCUUGAAACCGGCAGUGACAAGCACAGGGAUAGAAAAACUACAGCAUUGUAUACUUCUACACAACAUGCUUUGCAACGUGUUUUCGUGGAACUUGGACGUCAUUCAGAAGCUCUUGUAGUAGCAGAACGUGGUCGUUGCCGCUCCUUAGAUGUGGUAACCGACAAGCAAGCUUCUACGUUGAACCAGGUCAACUUAGAGCUACAUGUAGCUCUCAAAAAUCCUUCUGAAGAGACUACCAAGGAAAGAACAGAACCUUGGACUCCUUCGAACUUGGAUCAAAUCAUAGAAGUUGUUAAUAAACAGAAAUCUCCUGUUCUGUACUACAGUUUAGCUGCUGGCAGGCUGUAUGCUUGGCUACUACAACCUCAUAAAGGUAUUUUAAGAUUCCACCAAGUAUCUCUCAUAGAAGAAGCUGAAGAUUGUGACAAUAGUCUACCUGACAUCAGUCCUGAUGGUCUUCAAACAAAUACAGGUAACAACGGUAGUCUUGGCAAAUUGGAAAGAAGCAUUACUGAGUGGUCAUCGUGGAUCAAGACUGCAGCAGAACGAAGAGGUGAAACCUCUGAUGACCAAUGGGAACCUGAUGAGAGACCUACUGGGCUUACAAGAAUGAUGACUCGAAAUCAUUUGCUGAAUUCGUCCAACUACUCUUUAAGCUCAUUGUUCAGCGUGGGCUCCGUGGGAGGAUCAGUGGCAGGAUCUGUCGCAAGCUUACAAGGCUCAACAAGGUCCAGUAUCCAUGGUCCUCGCAAGAAGCAAUCAUCUUGGCAAGGGCCGCCAUGCCUGAAUGCGUUGUACCAAAUGCUCCUUGCUCCCUUUGAGGAUUUGCUGCCUGCCUCGUGUAAUAAUAACCAUGCAUCUCACGGUCGUCGUGGCUGCGGUGGCCGGCGAGAAAUAGUCCUUGUCAUUGAAGGGACUUUAUACGCAUGUCCAUGGGGAGCCCUACGUGGCAGUACCGACGCUGAGCCACUCUGCGAACGGUAUGCGUUACUCGCAGCACCAGCAUUGCGUCCGUUGAGACACCAGCGGCAUUUGAGAGUUCGGCCGAAUCAUGAACAUGGUGCAACAGCAUCUUCCAAUAAUGCAGAAGCGGGAAUGCGUUGCCUCGUUGUGGGUGCACCAAGAGUGGGUGGCUCACGCUGGGCUUCCGUACACGCUCAGCUUAAAGAAGCUGAACUUGUAGCCGACAUGCUUCGGGUUACACCUCUUACUGAUUACCAGGCAUCUAAAGAAGCGAUUCUGACCCAAUUGCCUCAAGCUGAAUGUAUCCAUUUCGCUACACACAUUUGCUGGAAGACACCUGCCAUAGUUCUCAGCCCUGGUGAAGUGGUUGAUUCUCAGGCCAAACGACUUCUCAACACAAGCGUCGGAAGUGGGACUGCUGAUACUUCAACGGAAAAUGAGGAAGAAAAUACCGAACUGCCAGCAAGUAACGAAGAGCUACCACCUGUAUCUGAAUUCAUGCUUACAGCGUCAGAGAUCACGAAUCUUAAAAUCACAGCUAGAUUGGUGGUUAUAUCUUGCGCGCCAUCAAGCACAGCUCUUCAAGGUUCGAGUGCGGAAGAAUUAGAAGAUGUCACGACAGCGGGUGAGGGGGUCUCCAGACUAUGUCGUGCGUUAUUAGCUGCUGGUGCUCAGGCGAUAUUGCUAACCUUGUGGCCAGCACCUAAAGAUACUGCUACAAAGAUUCUGUAUAGAGCUCUGUACUCUGCACUGUUACAAGGAAGCAGAGUUGCCAAGGCAUUGGGUGAUGCAAUGCAAACUGUCCGCCACACAAAACACUUCGCGCACCCAGCGCAUUGGUCCGGACUAAUUCUGCUUGGCGCUAACGUACGCCUCAGCAACAAGGUUGCGCUCAUGGGACAGGCGCUUUGCGAAUUGCUGGCGCAACCUGAUAAAUGUCGGGAUGCCUUACGAGUUUGCCUGCACUUAGUAGAGAAAUCUUUACAAAGAAUAGUGAGAGGACAGAAAAACGCGAUGUACACUACGCAAAAAAGCAUCGAAAACAAAGCUGGCCACGUCACUAGUUGGCGAGAACUUUUGAUGAGCGUUGGAUUCAGGUUUGAACCUGCUGCAAAUGGCAUACCGUCUAGCGUAUUCUUCCCUCAAAGUGACCCUGAAGAAAGAUUAACGCAAUGUUCAGCAAGUCUUCAAGCUUUGCUAGGUCUGACUUCAACAACCCUUCAAGCCCUAUCGAAGCUGAUAGCAAACGGUGAUGUAGCAGAUGACAUCAUUGGCGUGAUUCGGUCUGUCAUAUCCCAAUUCUCCGUCAAGAACUCUGAAAGUGAUACCAUUGAAGUAGCUGUUAAUGUCCGACUAUGGAGAGUAAACGGAUGUCACGAGCUGCUGGCUUCAUUGGGUUUUGAUUUGGCUGAAGUAGGACAAGAUGAAGUAACUCUCCGCACAGGCAAAACAGCUAAUAGAAGACACAUACAGUUUGUCCUUCAAGCUCUACUGGCUUUAUUCGAUACACAAGAAGCUCCAAGAAGUCUUAGUUUAGAAUCAAGCUCGAGUGUGGAAUCGCUGGCAUCCAUUGACGAUGGUGAUCUGGAACCGCAUUCAGAUGGCGAACCACCACCGCGUCAACAUCGACAAGAAAAUGUAUCAUCAGUGCCACCUCCACCAUUGCCUCUUGGGUCCUGUGGCGGAGCCUUUACAAUGUACGUCCGCGGCACAUCGACUUCAACUGAAGUCGGUCGUGGGGAACCUGAUGGCAGAACAGCCCCUCCUCCAGCCCCACCACCGCCAAGGUAUCGAGGAGAAAGUGACGCUGCGUUCACUCCAUCACCACCAGCAGCACCAUCAACCACUGCUCCUAAAAGGGAUGUAUCCCUUGCUUUGGCACAUCAAACGAAAAUCAGAACUCUUUACACUCGACGACCACCUUCCACUGAUGACUCAGAUUGGGAGAGCUCCGGUCACGACACUGUAUUACGUCGACGUCCUGAACAUUCCCAUACGAGGUACCUGGAUGCAUUCUAUGACCUGGCUUCAGCUCAGCCAAGAAGAACAGAAGAAGACAAGACUGACCCAGUGCUUAAUCAACCAUCAACAUCGAAGCGAGUUCCCAGACCUAAAAUGGGUACAAGUAGUCGAGAUUCAUUGGCACAAGUGCGUCAUAUGAGCGGAGAACUAACUCCUACUAUCUCCGAAGUUUAUCACGAAAGGAACAUUGGUCUUGGUCUAGCUCCGCCUUUAGCAGAGUUACUUUUAGCUGAAGAUUCAAAAACAGAGAUGAGAACUGCAAGUUCCAGUGAAAAUUUAUUAUUACAAAACUUGGAAAAGCUUGGACUUUUGGGUGAGGCAAGUGAGAGUGAAGAACACUGGUGCAGUGGUAGUACUUUAAGACCUUGGUUGUCUGCUCCGCCCUUAGGAACUGAUGUUCAAGGCUCAGACUUAACAACAGCAGAGAUCAUAGAACGUCAAACGAAGUUCAAGAAAGAUGCAGAUCCCAAAAGUAAAGAGGAAAAUGCGUAUGAAUUGAAGCCGAAAGAAGAAAUUCCAGGACCAAGUGGAACAGAGAAGCGUUCCGUAUCGCCUUUUUCUGAACUCUCCAGAAGGGACGAAGGGGAUGGUAGAAGUAUUGCCGACUCCCAUUCGUCUUAUAAGGCUCUGGUAUUAAGCCCUCGAGCACCAUACUUGCCAGAAGAAGGGGAGGCUGGAUUAAACGUAAAUGUAGAGGGCGGUAAGACUCAUCCGCGGACCAGAAGGCCCCCCGUACCAAGGACGAGGCCAGCGUAUACGACACUUGACUUCCCACCGAACAAGUAAAGGAUACAUUUAAUUUUAUCAUUAAUUUUCUAGUUGGCAAAAUAAAGCCCAUACAGGGAUUGUAUCUAUCUAAUUUAUAGUACUCGUAGUAUAGAGUUGAGAUACUGAGACUUUUCUACGUGUUUUGAAAUUAAGGAUUAAAAUUAUCUAUAAUAACGGUAGUUUCGCUAGAACGGUAUAAUGUGCCUUAAAAGGUGGCUACACUAAUAUAUGGCUAUGAAGUAAAUGAUAGAUGUACGCAAAUAAAACUUCCUUGAACAAUCAAUCUUUCUAGAUAAUGUCAUAUAUUUGCUGUAUACGUAAGUUUAAUUAGUAAGUUAUUAUACCUUAUUUUUUACCGUGAUUUGUAUGUACACUAUAAAAACGCACAAAAUAUAAUAAUAA